AUGCGACGUUCUUUAGUCGUGCAGCAUUACGCGCUGCGAAAUUCACGGGUCCUCUCCCGCAGAGCACCACUGUUCACAUCUUCUCAACAACCAUCACCAUCACAACAACAAACACAACUGUAUAUUUGUAGUGCCGGUGCCCAUUCAUCCUCAUCCUCUUAUACAGCACUUUCUAACCAACAACGAUGGAUGGUAACAAGUUAUUCCGGAAAUACAUCAACAACAACAACAACAGCGCAGGAAACUGCAAUGACAUCCGCCAAUGGAGUUGAGGGGGCACUGCCAGUCACAUACACACCGGGUUCAGGACCCAACGGGGCAUUGACAGCCCCGACAACGGCUAUUACAGGCCACUGUGAUGUCUUAUCUGAAUGUAUUGCCAAAGCAGAUGAGUUGGCAUUACAAUUAAAAGCACAAAAUGCAUUAGGAGCAAGUGCGGAAAUUCUCACACAAGAAGGAAUGGAAGAAUUUGUGGAUGAACUCAAAACAUCUGCGGUAAGUGAGAUGACGGCACUUGUUCAGCAAAUGCAAAAGACACCAUUAUUACAACAAGCAGGUAUGCAUGAACUUCGCCGUACACUUUAUUAUACUACAUCAUUAAAAGAAAGAGAUUGGUUAGAAGAGACAAAGUAUACAGCCGCUAUGCGUAUGUUAACUGUAGAAGUCUUACGUCGUGAUAAUGAUGGUGUACUUUCAGCAGAUGAUGUACUUUACAUCUCUACUCAUGUGGUAUCAUCUAAUUUUUAUAAUCGUCAUUUAUGGAAUCGUAUGGAAAAGGCAAUGUUAAAAUUUAGUAAUUAUGAAAAUAUUGAUAUGUCUUCUAUUAAAGCCUUUUCUACACGAUUAUUUAAAACCCGACGUGGAUGUGCAAAGGAAACACUUGAUAUUAGACGUAAAAUAUUACUUGCCCUUUCACGUCGAGUAGGAACUCUUGCGAAUGACUUUGAUCUCCCUUCAUUAUUGGGUAUUCUACAGUGUUACACCGUACAUGAUCUCACGCCUUUUCAUUUGGAACCACUCGCCAUUCGGGCAACAAAUCACGUGGGAGAUUUCACACCGCAUGAAUGCGCAACGCUCUCACAUGUACUCCGCAAAUGGCGAACGAUGCGACUGGAGGUGUGUGAGAGACUUGUAGAGCGGAUUUGCACAGCAGAUCAACUCACUCAUCAUAUGGCGAAUGCUGCUAUGGUUAGUAUUCGCACCUGCUAUGCAAAGGUAAGUGAUGGGGGGAGAAAUGCCAUGAAUGCGGAACCAACUCGACAGAAAUUACGGGCGAUGGGAGAACAAGUUGGAUGUCGAUUGGAUGAAGUGGAUUAUCCCGCACUUCCCGUUAUUCUCAGCAUUCUGGAUGUGGUUGUUACUCUAAAGAUAUAUGUGCCAAAGAAAUCUCUGCAGGCCAUCUUCACACAGGCAAAUGAUAUGUUGGCGGUUGUGAUGGAGCAGCGGGAUGAUCUCGUGGACCCAAAGACCGGCAAACGUGUGCGGCCCGUCACCGCGGAGGAGGGACGACAACUGCAGGCACUACUCGCACAUUACGGCAACGAUCUCGCCCCGGAGUUGGCACAGCGAUUGAAGGAGGCCUUCCGUGAGGGUAUGUUACCCGAUGAGGCCUCACUGUAG